AUUCAAUAAUUGUGAGAUUGGGCAUAAUAUUAGUUCUUCUAUUUGACUUCAAUAUUGGUUUGUCGUUCCCAAAAGUAAGAAAGGAAUCAUAUAGUACUCCAAAGAAGAACUUACUUCUCCGGACCACAAAAGAACACUCGGCAAAUAGCUUGAUUACUGUGGGAUUGGAAUUAAUUCUCCUAUUUGACUUCAAUACUGUUCGUUCCUACGAAGGAAACUAUAUAAUACUCCAAAGAAAAAUUUACUUUUCCGGACCGCAUACAAAAACCACUCCCGAUAGCUUGAUUACUGUGGGAUUGAAAAUAUUAAUUCUCCUAUUUGACUUCAAUACUGUCCGUUCCUACGAAGGAAACUAUAUAAUACUCCAAAGAAAAAUUUACUUUUCCGGACCGCAUACAAAAACCACUCCCGAUAGCUUGAUUACUGUGGGAUUGAAAAUAUUAAUUCUCCUAUUUGACUUCAAUACUGUCCGUUCCUACGAAGGAAACCAUAUAAUACCCCAAAGAAAAAUUUACUUUUCCGGACCGCAUACAAAAACCACUCCCGAUAAAAAUAUGACAGACACAAGAAAGAUGUGGGCAGUUGUCCAAUUCAUAUGUGAUGAGAGUUUUUCGGAGAUUCCAUCGAAUUGGAUCAAGCCUAAGCCUAAUACAAAAAAUAAAGCUACUUGUUGGUGGCCAGUGACAAAAAAUGUAAGUUCGUUGAUCGAACACCGCACCGAACCCAACACACAACAAUGGAAUUCAUUUGAUAUCAAAAUUAUCAAAUAUUGCUCAUCACUUGCAACUGCAAGGAAAGCAGCUGCAAACGCUAAUUACACAACAACAGAAGAGGAUGGUCAGUUACUUGGAAGAGGUCAGCGAAAAUUUAGAAACAAUUAUUUGGAAAGUAAUUCGGAGGAAGAGCAAGAGACCGAUGACGAUGAGGAAGAGGCAAGCCAAAACAAAGAAAACAGUCAAAAACUAAUUUCCAAAAAGAAAAUUAUAAAGCAUGCAAAACGAACUAUUAAUAAGUCUACUUUUCUUACGUCUAUGCCAGUUUAUUCGAAUAUCAUAAAUCCGCCAAAAAUAUUGGCUACUGCAAAGAAUUCUGAAAGUGUAUCUGACAAUGAGAUGAGGAUUGAGGAUAGCGCUGCAUUAUUAAAAACAAAUGAUGACCAACCUGUGGAAAUAAUUUCGAAACAACCUGAUACAGUUACUAUGAAUCCCGUUUUAGACUUGAAUUUAGAAAAUGUGCCAAUUAUUGAUAUUGCUCAUGGAAAUGAUAUAUGCCAAAUGUUACAACGUAUUGAAGAUAAAUUGGAUAAAAUAUUGAGAACAGAGGUUUCUGUGAAAAGUGAAUUGCGAAACAUAUCUCACAGAUUAACAAAUCUUGAGGUACUAAGAGGACCAGUAGAGGCUGUUGAUAAUGAUAACGCUGACGUAAUAACGGAGUUAUUACCAUUAUCGAAUAUAGAUAACAUUAAAAUGUUUGAAAAUUUUAUAAAACCAAACGAAGUAGCAACAUCACAGUUUAAAAAAAUAAUAAUGAAAAUUGGAGGAAAUACACCACGCUUGACAAUUCAUCGAACUCUAGAAAGAGUGUUUACUAAUAAAUGUGCCUUGGACUGCUCGUGGAAGGGAGUGAGAGCAAAUUUCAGAGUAUGUGAUCUACACUUCAUGAAAAUGAUAAAAAAUUCUGUUUGCUCCACUUAUUCUACUUUAACUGAAGCAGAAUUUGAGGCAACAGCAGCUGAAUGGUUUCGUUUCGCUAAACAGCGAGCUGCUCGGGAAGAGAAGAGGUCUAAUUUACAACAGCUUCCAGCACCAGUAGAUCAAGAAAAUAAUUAAGAAAAAGAAACAAUGAUUAUAUUAUAUAUCUUAUAUAGUUUAUAAUUUUUUAUAAUAUUCUAAAAUAUAAUAUUUAGUUUAUGAAAGUUU